AUUUUGACUGCCACGACACACUCGACAUUCAAUCAACAGAAAACGAUGACGAAGCCCCACGCACGGUACAUGAUGGGCGACAGUAGCGCCGUGCUUACGCGCCAGCAGAGCCACGUCUCGGCGCGCAGCAUCCACGUCCUCCAUACCGGCGCCAAGACGCCGACGACGUCUCCAUUUUUUGUGCCAGCCACGCUGGUCAUUGUCGCCAUCCUGCGGGGCGAGACCAUUGACCUCUCGCACGCAACAUUCGUGUAUCCGACGACAACCAUCAAGGUCUAUGCAAUCCUCGGCGGCGUGCGCAUCGUCUUGCCCCGGGGUGUACGCUUCGAGUCGAGUGGCGUCGGCGUCGCGGGCUCCUUCAAGAGCGUGGCCCAAGGCGACUCGCUUUCGACAGAAGCGCCGCUCGUGCAGAUACGAGGUGUCUCAAUCCUCGGCAAAACCGCACAUAGCGUCAACCACAACGCGCCGCCCGUCGCGAUGAUGUACUCGUUCGAGAAGGCGACACAUGCCACGCAUCACCCCUCGCUGCGUGCAGCGGCCCGCGCAUGAGCAAAGGGCCUUAAUUUAUACUCUAGUUUGAUAAUAAUAUGUACACUUGAAAUGCACCUCGACUCACC